AUGAAUGGUAAUUCGUUCAAGGUAGUGGAGUUUUGGGAAGUGAUUUCGGAUGAGCAUGGAAUUCAACCUGAUGGAUCUUACAAAGGAGAUUCAGAUUUGCAACUUGAGCGCAUUAAUGUUUAUUAUAAUGAAGCUACAGGGGGGAAAUAUGUUCCUCGCGCCGUGCUUGUUGAUCUUGAACCCGGUACCAUGGAUUCUAUUCGUAGUGGCGCGUUUGGGCAACUUUUCCGCCCUGAUAAUUUUGUAUUUGGUCAAAGUGGUGCUGGCAAUAAUUGGGCGAAAGGACAUUAUACGGAAGGAGCAGAACUUGUUGACAAUGUGUUGGAUGUUAUCCGGAAAGAAGCUGAGGGCUGUGAUUGUCUUCAGGGAUUUCAACUGACCCAUUCGCUUGGUGGCGGCACGGGAUCAGGCAUGGGCACCUUAUUAAUCUCAAAGAUACGUGAGGAAUAUCCUGAUAGAAUUAUGAGUUCAUUUUCAGUUGUACCAUCGCCGAAGGUAUCUGAUGUUGUGCUGGAGCCUUAUAACGCUACAUUGUCGGUGCACCAGCUUGUUGAGAAUACAGAUGAAACAUUCUGUAUUGACAAUGAAGCAUUAUAUGAUAUAUGUUUCCGCACGCUAAAGUUAACUAAUCCAACAUAUGGUGAUCUCAAUCAUUUGGUAUCGGUGACUAUGUCAGGUGUUACAACAUGCCUCCGUUUCCCUGGUCAGCUCAAUGCGGAUUUGCGAAAAUUAGCAGUUAACAUGGUUCCAUUCCCACGUUUGCACUUCUUUAUGCCUGGUUUUGCUCCACUGUCCGCUCGAGGAGCAGCGGCUUAUCGCGCUCUUAAUGUGGCAGAGCUCACGCAGCAGAUGUUUGAUGCCAAAAAUAUGAUGGCUGCUUGCGAUCCUCGUCAUGGAAGAUAUUUAACAGUCGCUGCCAUGUUUCGUGGUCGUAUGUCAAUGCGAGAAGUGGAUGAUCAAAUGAUGCAAGUGCAAAACAAGAAUUCAUCUUAUUUUGUUGAAUGGAUUCCGAAUAAUGUAAAAACUGCCGUUUGCGAUAUCCCGCCACGUGGUUUGAAGAUGAGCGCAACGUUUAUUGGUAAUACAACUGCGAUUCAAGAACUUUUCAAGCGGAUUUCGGAACAGUUUAGCGCUAUGUUCCGCCGUAAAGCUUUCCUCCAUUGGUAUACCGGUGAAGGAAUGGAUGAAAUGGAGUUUACGGAAGCUGAGAGUAAUAUGAAUGAUCUCGUUUCGGAAUAUCAGCAGUAUCAAGAUGCCACCGCUGACGAUGAAGGUGAACUUGAUCAUGAAGGGGAAUCCGAAUAUGUUGAACAAGAAUAA